ACUGGAUCACUCAACCAGCUCUGCAUAAAUGGCCCAAUUCGACAUCAUUUUGUACAACAUCCCUUGCCCAGCGUGGCUUCAACUUGGUUUACCGCACGCACGCUAGUGCCCAUCCUUGUCGCUCUAUCGUUCGCCAUUCUCUUCCGUAGACUGCCCCCGUCAAGCCUGCGCACGAUGUCAACGACCGCCCUCCCGCAGACGCGCGCCGAAUGGCAAGCAGCGCUCGCCUCGCUGCCCUCCUCGCCUGCCCGCAUUCCCGCCUUUUUCUUCGCCCACGGCUCCCCCAUGCUCGCCACGUCCUCCACCCGCUCGCGCUUCGGCACGGACUCCAUCAUGGCCCACAUGGGGCCCAGCGGCCCCCUCGCCCAGUUUCUCUCUGACUUCGGGCCUACUCUGCUCGACAAGUACCGCCCGCGCGGAAUCCUCGUCUUCUCCGCGCACUGGGAGACCGCCGGUGAGCGCCUCGUCACCGACUACGGCGACAGCAACCCGCUCCUUAUGGACUACUACGGCUUCGACCGCGAGCUCUACGAGCUGCAGUUCCGCUCGCGCGGCGACAAAGUGCUCGCCCAGCGCAUUGUGCAGUGCUUCAAGGACGUGGGGCAGCUCGCGCGCACUACCGGCAAGCUCGAGCCGCGCGGGGAGGAUGGGCGGGGCUUCCAGGGACCAGGGCUCGACCACGGCGUGUUCGUCCCAUUCAGGAUCAUGUUUGGCGAGGUGUUUAUGGACGUGCCAAUCGUCCAGGUGUCGAUUGACGCCAGCCUGAGCCCGGAGAAGAACUGGGCGGUCGGGGCUGCUGUCAGCAAGCUCAGAGAGGAGGGGAUCCUGGUCCUGUCCGGCGGCCUCACCAUCCACAACCUCCGCGACUUCUCCUCCUUCUCCCCCGCAAACGCCACAAAGCCCUACAAAGACUUCCACCAAGCCGUCCUUGACGCCCUCACCUCACCCUCCACCGACGCCCUACUCUCACUCCCCCGUCAUCCCUCCUUCCGCCUCGCCCACCCGCGCGCAGAGCACUUCGUCCCGAUCUACGUUGCCGCCGGCGCGGGGCUCGGCGACAAGGACAAGCCCAUGGAGGGAAGGGUGAAGGUGCUUUCGGCCGUGUAUGGGGCAGUCACAGCUGCCUUCGAUGUUUAGCUUCUAAAGGUCACAGGACCUUCGCGUUUAGCUGGGACUGGAUGGGAAACCGAUUGCACCCCCAUGGGGUGAUUUUUCUUGUAUGAUCACGUGCUCCCCGAGUGGGCAGACGGCCCUGAAGUUAUGCAAUACGAUCGGCAGAGAUGUGUUGACUUGUAUUCAUCUUUACAUUCAUUAGUACAUCAUAUGUAGUGCAGCAAUAUAGGAUAUAAAUCAAAAUAUUCACCCGCCC